AUGGACGCCAACGGCAACGUCGUGGACGGACAAAACAUCACCUGGACCUGGGCCGUCCUCGACACCCGCAACCGCUCCGACGCUCGCAUCACCGCCUACCACGGCCCCGAGCUCAAAGACGCCACCCACCUCCGCCUGACCGCCUACCACGACGCCACCAAGCCCGAGUUGGGCAUGAACCACGUCCGCAUCCACGGCAUCACCGGCCCUGGCCCGCGCUUCGAGAACAUCACGGUCGUCUGCCCCAAGCUGCGGGUCCUCUACGUGGUGUUGCGGAUUGAGAAUGCCAAUUGGGUCGAUUUGCCGGCUCCCGCGCUGGGCACUGCGCUGGAUACAUUCAUUGGCAAGACGGCGGCGGCGGUGCCGGGGGUGGAGUUGUGGGUCACGAUGGAGGAUGCGGUGAGUUUGGGCAGGAGUGGAACUUGGGCGCUUGUGCAGGGGGCGCUUGUGCAGGGGGCGCAGAAUCCGGUUGAUGAGACGGUGCACUGGGUUAUGAGUGAUAAGAGCAAGGUGGUGCAGGUGAGCACUUGA